CGGGAUAAGCUUAAGGCACAUGACGCAGAAUUUUCUACACUAGCCACGUGCGAUAUAUAAACACAAGGCCUCGCCUAUUAAAUUGCAACCUCCGUUACCCGAUCUAAUCAACUAUAUUUUCUUUGGCAUUAGGAGAGAGAGAAAAUGGGAGAUGUGGUUUGUGGCGCACAAAAACCACACGUAGUUUGCAUCCCUUACCCAGCUCAAGGCCACAUCAACCCGAUGCUGAAAGUGGCUAAACUCCUCCACGCAAAAGGCUUUCACGUCACCUUCGUCAACACCAUCUACAACCACAAGCGCAUACUCCGUUCCCGUGGUCCCAACGCCCUGGACGGACUUCCUUCCUUUCAGUUUGAAGCCAUACCUGAUGGUCUACCGGAGACUGAGGUGGAUGCCACGCAAGACAUCCCUUCCCUUUCCGAGUCCAGCAUGAAGAACUGUCUAACUCCUUUCAAGGAACUUCUCCGGCAGAUCAACGCCAGAGAUGAUGUUCCUUCGCUCAGUUGUAUUGUAUCGGACGGUGCCAUGAGCUUUACACUUGACGCUGCCGAGGAGCUCGGUGUCCCGGAGGUUCUUUUCUGGACCCCGAGUGCACCUGGCGUCAUGGGUUAUUUACACUUUUGUCUCUUCAUCGAGAAAGGUUUAUCUCCUUUUGAAGAUGAGAGUUGUUUGACUAAGAAGCACUUGGACACACCAAUAGAUUGGAUACCAUCAAUGAAGAAUCUGAAACUAAAAGACAUCCCCACCUUCGUCCGUACCACUAACCCCAACGACAUAAUGCUCAACUUCCUUGUCCGCGAGACAGACCGAUCCAAACGCGCCUCUGCCAUCAUUCUCAACACGUUCGAUGACCUCGAUCAUGACAUCAUCCAAGCUAUGCAGUCCAUUUUACCACCGGUUUAUUCUAUUGGACCGCUUCACCUCUUAGUAAACCGGGAGAUUGAAGAAGGUAGUGAGACACAAAGGCUAGGAUCAAACCUUUGGAGAGAGGAGACGGAGUGUUUGGACUGGCUCGAUACCAAGGCUCGAAACACCGUUGUUUACGUUAACUUUGGGAGCAUAACGGUAAUGACCGCGAAGCAGCUCGUGGAGUUCGCUUGGGGGUUGGCAGCAUCAAGAAAAGAGUUUUUAUGGGUGAUCCGACCAGAUUUAGUAGCUGGAGAAGAGGCGGUGAUUCCGACAGAGUUUUUAACAGAGACGGAAGGUAGAAGAAUGUUGUUGAGUUGGUGUCCUCAGGAGAAAGUCCUGUCUCAUCCGGCGGUCGGAGGAUUUUUAACACAUAAUGGAUGGAACUCAACGUUAGAGAGUAUAUCUGCUGGAGUUCCAAUGGUGUGUUGGCCUUUUUUUGCGGAGCAGCAAACGAACGCGAAGUUCUGUUGCGACGAGUGGGGAGUGGGAAUGGAGAUUGGCGAGGAUGUGAAAAGAGAAGAGGUUGAGGUGGUGGUAAGAGAGCUGAUGGAUGGAGAAAAGGGAAAGAAGUUAAGAGAGAAGGCGGAGGAGUGGCGGCGUUUGGCGGAGAAAGCGACAAAGGAUCCGUGUGGUUCGUCGGUCGUGAAUUUUGAGACGGUUGUUAAUAAGAUUCUCUCGGCGAGAUGAUUAGAACAUAAGAUGAUCCUAAAAGUGUUAUCAUAUAUGAUCAUCAAGAAGUUAUUGUUUUUGUUCCUGUCAUCGUAUGUUAUAAUUUAUAGGUAAUAAAAAGAACUAUAACAUUGAGGA